AAAUAGCAGACUUCGUAAUUUCAUGUCCUUUUGCUAAUGUGCUGGUACCUGAAUAUCUGGCAAAUUUCCAUUUCCUUAUAGUAUUCUUUGGCAGUCAUUUAGCAUUGCUGAUAUCCCUGCGGUUUAUCGACUCCCUCUCUAUUUUAUGUUCUUACUUUUCUUUACUUAGAACUCCAAGAUGAUGUAUUCUGCCCCUCUUUUUGUUCUACUCUGUCUUCUUCCACUUAGACCCAACUGGGUUCUGGCAGAUGAAGAUGAUUAUGGAGAAGAAAUUGUUCUUUCUUUUGCCAUGCAAGAAGAAGCCCAAGUAGAUACUGAGAAGGAGACAUCUUCCAGGGCUUUCUACUGGAGUAACAAGGAGGCCUGGAGAAUGACAGGCCAGUAUGUAGUGGUGUUGAAGGAAAAUGUCCACAGGUCCCAGACAGAAAGAGUCAUCCGCCGGCUGCAGGCACGAGCAGCAAAGCAUGGCUACCUGACCAAAAUUGUCAAUGUCUUCCAUGAACUUUUCAGAGGGUUUGUUGUGAAAAUGAGUAGUGACAUGUUACAGAUGGCUCUGAAAUUGCCACAUGUGGAUUAUAUAGAGGAAGAUUCAUUCAUAUUUGCACAGAGUGUUCCGUGGAAUCUUGACAGGAUUGUUCCUGCCCAGCAAAUGGCCAGCCAGUUCAGCCCACCUAAUACUGGAGAUACUGUUGAGGUUUAUCUCUUAGACACCAGUAUUCAGAGCAACCACAGAGAAAUAGAUGGGAAAGUGUUUGUGACAGAUUUCCAGAAUGUCCCAGAGGAAGAUGGAACCCGUUUCCACCGACAGGCCAGUAAGUGUGAAAGCCACGGAACCCAUAUGGCUGGAGUGGUGAAUGGAAGAGAUGCUGGUGUUGCGAAAGGCGUAAAUGUUCGCAGCCUUAGAGUACUAAAUUGUCAAGGCAAAGGCACAGUAAGUGGAAGUCUAACAGGUCUGGAGUUUAUCAGAAAAACAUUGAUUGAACAGCCUUAUAACCCCCUCAUUGUCCUCAUCCCCUUUGUUGGGGGGUACAGCCGGAUACUGAAUGCUGCCAGUCGUGCCCUAGUGAACUCAGGAGUUAUCAUCAUUGCUGCAGCUGGAAACUAUAAGGAUGAUGCCUGUUUGUACUCCCCAGCAUCAGAACCUGAGGUUAUUACAGUUGGAGCCACUAAUUACCAGGACCAACCUGCAACAAUGGGUGUGCUUGGCACAAAUUAUGGAAACUGUAUUGACUUAUUUGCCCCUGGAGAUGAUAUUAUAGGUGCCUCCAGUGACUGCAGCACCUGCUUUACUUCAAAGAGUGGAACAUCUCAAGCAGCAGCACACGUUGCAGGCAUUGCAGCAAUGAUAUUAAAUGACAAACCAGACCUUUCAGUGUCAGAAUUAAGGCAGAGACUCAUACAUUUCUCUACCAAAAAAGUCAUAAAUGAAGUUUGGUUCCCAGAAGAUCAGAGGUUGAUCACCCCUAACCGAGUUGCAGGGCUCCCUGGGAAGCUUCUUGCAGAUGAGGAGCUUUUUUGCCGUACAGUUUGGUCAAAACCAUCUGGCUUUGCUCGUAAAGCCACAACCUCAGUUCAGUGCAGUGGGAAUGAAGAGAUGUUCAGCUGUUCCAGUUUCUCCAGAAAUGGGAAAAGAAAGGGAGAACAUAUAGAGGAAGAAGACGGCAGGAAGACGUGUAUUGCACACAAUGCAUUUGGGGGAGAUGGAGUAUAUGCAAUUGCUAGAUGUUGCAUUUGGCCAAAAGCUGUCUGUCAUAUUAAUUCUACUACACCUGAAGAUGGAGAAACACCAUCCACUGUAACCUGUUCAAAUGAGGAUCACGUUUUAACUGGGUGCAGCUCUCAUCAUGUAUCUGGCCAUUUCAAUGACGUUGUUCGGCCCAUGCACAGGAUUGGUAAUGAAGACCCUGCUUGUAUUGGGAAAAGUGAGGUUACUUCUCAUGCACUGUGCUGCCAUGCACCAGACAUUGCCUGCAAAGUGAAAGAAUAUUCUCCCAUGGGCUUUAUGGACAAGGUGACUGUUUCAUGUGACGAAGGAUGGACCCUGACUGGCUGCAAUGCGUACUCCCGUAGUUCCAAUACUUUGGGAGCAUAUUCUAUCGAUGACACCUGUGUUGUGUCUAAUCCUACAGGUGGUAAAGGUGCCGCAGCCAUUGCUAUCUGCUGCCAGAACAAACACACUGAAAACAAAGAGAACACAAACUACCGAUGAAUUAAGCCCAAUUAAGCUUUGAUUUGCAAGACUUUGGACCUAUUCAUUUUUUUUAUUUUUUAUUUUACAUUGGAACAGGAGUUCUGCCCACUACAUUUGAAACCUGAAUUAAAAUAUGCACUUUGGUUAGCUCAAGGUAAAUAUCAGGGCUCUGAAAAUUGUGGCUGUACUGACAUUGCUAAUAUAUAACUUACAGCAAUCUCCAAAUAGCUGAAAAAUCAAGUAAGAACGUGGAAGCUUAUAACAGGCUGUAUUAUUAUUAUAUAGUAAGAUGAGCAAUACACAAUAUGAAUAGAACAUUUAUUAAAAUACAAGUUUCCAUUUUUGAAUAAGGACUCAAGAGCCACUAAUUCAAGUGCACAGAUAUUCAUAAACAUUUUUCAGUGGCAUCUCCUAUACCUUAUCCAAGGAGGCCACAUAAUCUACAGGAGACAAGAAAGGCAAAGGAAACCGCAAUGACUACAAAUACCAAACACAACAGACUUUGAUUAGGGCAACAUGAACCUUACUAGUGUAUAUGUGAUAGUUACAUUAUACUCCGUAUUCAUGUAAAACUAGCUCACACUUUCAUUAUCUAGUACCUUUAGAAGUGAAUGUUUAGUUAAAAUGUUCAGAAUGGAGUAAGUUGUCAGGCUGUGCAUAUUACUGGCAACUUCUUUUCUAAAUGACCAAAGUAUUCAUAUUUUUAGCGCAUAUCCUUUAAUUGCACUAAGGCAAUAGUAAGCAUUUAAAUUGUUUGUUCCAGUCUUUGAAAAUAAUCCCUGCUCAUUAUUAGCAAUGAUGAGUCUUAGGUUGUAGGAUGUCAUGCUUGGGAAGGAUGGGAAUGCAUCUCCAGGAACUGACGGAGGACCUCUCAAGAGAUAUAUAUUUAUCUCACAACUGCAGGGGUGGAGUGUUUCCUUUUCACUAUAACUUCUGUUUUAUACUUUGGACAUAUUUAUUUGGGGCUUGUGAGGCUGCUUUAUUUUGUAUACCAGUCAUAUUUUGAAUAAAAUAUAACAAUA